AUGAGCACCUACACCGUGUCGCUGCCCGGCCCCGGGCCCUGGGGCUUCAGGCUGCAGGGGGGGAAGGACUUCAACAUGCCUCUGACCAUCUCCAGGAUCACUCCGGGCAGCAAGGCGGCGCAGGGUAACCUGGUCCAGGGUGACGUCAUCGUCGCCAUCGACGGCGUCGGCACCGACGGGAUGACUCACCUGGAGGCCCAGAACAAGAUCAAGAUGGCUAACUACAACCUGACGCUCACCAUGACCAAGGCCAAGCGUCCCGCUCCGAUGCAGUCACAGAGAAUGGACACCUCCAUCCCCAUGAUCCCACACCAACAGUUUGAAAUAGAAACGAGUCUGGGCGUGACCCUGCAGUACCAGCAGCAAAUCCCACAGCAGUACCAGCAGCCAAUCCCACAGCAGUACCAGCAGCCAAUCCCGCAGCAGUACCAGCAGCCAAUCCCACAGCAGUACCAGCAGCCAAUUCCACAGCAGUACCAGCAGCCCCCCACGCAACAGGCCCCGCCCACUCAGCAGAGCUCCAUUCAGAUCCCUCUUGGCUCUGCCCCUCUCAAGGUGGUCAGCACCGCCUGCAUCUACCCAUCGCAGCCAGCUUCAGCUCCACCUCCUGCUCCUGCUCCACUUCAGCCCCGCCCCCCAGCUGCCGCCUCAGCCCCGGCUCCAGGUGGCCCCGCCUCCUCUAACCGACCCCCCUGGGUAUCCGACACCAACUUCGCCGACAAGUUUGACCCCAGUAAGAUGACAACCACCACCAUGAAGAUGCUGCCCCAGGCCGCCCCUCCUCCUCCAGCAUACAUCCCCAACCCCUCUCCCUCCGCACCUGUAGCUCCAAGCCCCGCCCCCAUUAUAUCAAGCCCUGCCCCAUUUGCGCCUGUGGCAAGGGGUGUGGCCCAAAGGGCGGAGAGGGUUGCCGCCAGCAACCGCUCGGCUCUGUGUGGGUCCUGUAACAGCGUCAUCAGGGGCCCCUUCCUGGUGGCCCUCGGCCGGUCCUGGCACCCCGAGGAGUUUAACUGUCACUAUUGCCACGUGUCACUGGCUGACGUCAGCUUCGUGGAGGAGCAGAACAACGUCUACUGCGAGAACUGCUACGAGGAGUUCUUCGCUCCGACCUGUGCCCGCUGCACAACCAAGAUCAUGGGGGAAGUGAUGCACGCCCUGCGGCAGACGUGGCACACCACCUGCUUUGUGUGCGCGGCCUGCGGCAACGCCUUUGGAAACAGCCUCUUCCACAUGGAGGACGGAGAGCCGUACUGCGAGAAAGAUUACAUCUCACUCUUCAGCACUAAGUGUCAUGGCUGUGACUUCCCCGUCGAAGCGGGCGAUAAGUUCAUUGAGGCUCUGGGCCACACCUGGCACGACACCUGCUUCGUCUGUGCGGUUUGCCACGUGAACCUCGAGGGUCAGCCUUUCUACUCAAAGAAAGACAAACCUCUGUGCAAGAAGCAUGCUCACGCCAUCAAUGUGUAGACCAAAAGGCUGGAGACCUGCUGCUCUGGCCGUCGCCGGGGGCAACGCCGUCGGCCCAUGGAAAAACGAACCCGAGUCGACGACAACAACUUUUUGCAAGAUGUGUGUGCAGAUGCUCUUUAUGCAAAAUACAUUGCUUUUUUUUUCUUUUGGUGCAUUAAUAUUAUUGAUUUAAAACGACGCUGCCUGAUGAUACCGCUUCAGAACAGAAACAAAAACAAGUCAUUAUGUUGUCGUUGCUGUUGGCCAUCCAACCCACUGUAUUAUGUUCUUUUAAUUUUCAUAUGUUUUCUAACAGAAACUACUCGAUGUAACCGCUGUGCUGUUCGGCUCAGAAAUGUAGUCUUGGGUGUGCCAAAUUAAAAAAACUUUUAAAUAUUCUCACCAGUUAAUAUACUUUGAAAUGUAAAAUAAAUAUAUGUAACU